AGAAACUGCAUUCGAGAAGCUUCGUGUAUCAGACAUUCGAUGAAAUCAAACUACAUCUUUAAUACAUCAUAUCAACAACAAACUAUAUGUAACGAGAGUCGAGUGACAGUUUUGUGUUCAGGCUGAAGUUCAAGAAAAAUCUCGUUCAUAGGUUUCAAAGUGACUUAGAUGGAGCAGUGGAAAGUGCCAUUAAGUGUCAUGUCAGCCAGGAGAACCCUCUUCAGGAGACAGCGUUCACAGGUGACUGAAGGAACAGGAAGAAUAGGCCUUCUGAGAGCAACUGAUCAGCGCCGUCAGGAGAGGAGACGCGCGCGCCGCCGAGAGCCUCCUGUCCACCGAAGGCCUGAACCCCGACCUCGAGCUUCCGACAGGUGACCCCGACAACCCUCAUGGGACGCUCUUGACUUUAGCGUUCGUGCGAGGUCAUUACCACCUGGUGCCCCUCCUACUUCGUGCCGGCGCCACCAACGCAGCCGGAGGGAGGCAGUUCACGCCGAUGCACUGGGCGGCCAAGAAGGGGGCGAAGGAAGCGCUCUUGCAACUGCUACGAGCCUUCGGUAUCAACGACCAGGGUGACCGCAGAACCACGCCCCUGCACCUUGCAGCCCAAGAAGGCCACGCAGAAAUAGUCGAGGCGCUCAUCAGCUACGGCGCCGACAUAGACGCCAGAGACUCGAACGGACGCACGCCUCUCUUCAUGGCCGCCCUCAACAGCCACCUGGGGGUCGCAGAGGCGCUCAUACGCCACGGCGCCAAUGUCACCGCCCUGACCUACCUUAACCGGACGGCGCUGCAUCAGGCGGCUCAGUCUGGCAGUCUGAGCGUGACCCAGAUGCUGGUGCGCGCCGGGUUGCCGGUCACCUGUCGGGACAAGGAAGACCUCACGCCCCUCGACCUGGCUACGAGGAACGGGCGGUCGGAGGUGGCGGACUGGCUCAGGAAACAGAGCUCGGGCGAGUUUGGAGGCGCUGUCGGAGGGAAAGUGCUGGUGGAGCAUAUUACCAAGUGCAGGGUCAACUACAACGACCGCGGCUCGCGGAUCAUGAGCUGGGUGGAGGAUAACAAGACGGACUUCCUGGUCAGCAAUCUCGAAAAGGACCUGGUCAGCGUGUACUUUCGCGACCACGAAGGCCGGACUCCCCUGCACGUGGCUGCCGAAUGUAACAGCGAGGAGGCCGCCAGAGUCCUGCUUUCCUGCGGGAUGUUUCCGGGCGUCCUGGACUACGAGGACAAGAUGCCGCACCACUUGGCUCGGUCGGGCGAACUCCGCGACCUCCUUACCUCGGCCUUGAACUCUGAGGGCUGCCGAGUCUCAACCUACGAAGAGAAAUGCCAGCUCUACAAGGAACUCAUCAACCACAUCUCCACGAGCAGCGACGUCAAGGAAGUCGCGAAGAUGCUGCUCCGCGGGGCGCCCAUAGAGCCCGUGGGCGAGGUCCCCACCCACGCCCUCCAACUGGCCAUCUCCCUCAACAGGACGAACAUCGUCAGCCUGCUUCUGGCGGCGGGAGCGAGCCUCACUGCUCCUCGCGAGGGCACGUCGCCCUUCCAGGUCGUCUGGAGGAGCAGCGACGCCAUGGUCCUCCUCAAAGUAGUGGUUACAAGGGCCUACCAGAUGCAGCUGAAAUUCGAACUGCGGCGUCUUCAGAAUUCCCCUGAACCAGACGAAGGCGCAGGUCCUCUCCGUCAGGUCAUCGACCACAUACUAAACACCCUGACCUUCCGCAAGCCGAGGCAAGCCUGUUGGAAAGUCACUCACGAUCCCUCGACCUCUUCAUUGGCCGACCUCAUGACCUCCGCUGCAAAGCAUAACUGUACCCUGACGAUGACCUUCCUGCAGCAGGAGGGUGCGCUGGCCUUCCAGUGCGACAGCCGAGGACUGACGCCCUUGCACGUUGCACUGCAGGCAGGACACUUGAAGUUGGCCACCACGCUGGUGAAGUACCUCGGGGGCUGUCCUUACGUGCGAGACCUGGAGUACAUGAGGGAGGUGAUGCAACCGCAAGCGAUGGAGGAACUUGAGAAGGAUCUCUAUUACCAGGAGCUCCGCAAACUACAGGAUUGUCACGAAAAGGUGAGAGACAAGAGAGAGAAAGCUCAGGUGGAGGAAAUCAUGAAACUCCAUUCUUUCCUGUACACCGCUUACGCCCAAGGUGCCCAACCCCUUCACCUCGGGUCGUGGGGUCCUGAUGCGCUCCUUCUGGCGUCUCAGCGAGGGUUGCCUCAGCUGUCCUUCCUCCUCCUCACCGUGGGCAAGGUCCCCUGCGACGUGGUGGUGGAUGUUCCUACGUCAUCUACCGCCCUCCACCAGGCAGCCGCCCACGGGAAUACCAAAAUCGUGGCCCUGUUGCUGGGUCUCGGCGCCAACCUUCGCCUCGCCGAUCGCUAUGGCCACACCGCCCUCCACCUCGCGGCCAUGUUCGGCCACAUCGUCACCUUCCAGUACAUCGCGUCCGUUUCCCUUCACGAGGAACGGUGCAGGGCCGGAACCACGCCAAGCCAGAUUUGCGAAAAUUUUAAGCGUUAUCUACAGCUGCACAAAAAAGAUGAAAUCCCCGACGAUUCUGAUGAUGAAUGGGAGAGUAAUGAUCCGGGAAAGGCUAUGCGAAAUAUUCUGAAAAAUGUUAGGUUUUCCGAACUAGUCGACGAAAUGAAUGAUAUUUCGGUCGAUUUCGGCAGCGGGGAAGCGAAGGAAAUCCGAGACGCUGUAAUUCAAGAGUGUGAAAUGAUAGCAGAUAAGAUUCGCGGCCAAAAUAGCUUGUUCGCGGGAGAAAUUCGGCUGGUCGGGAGUUCGGCCGACGGAACCCGACUCUACGCUCCCGACGAGUUUGAUAUUAGUCUUGUGCUCAACAGCGCCCCAGACUUCCAUCUCCACGUCUCUGAACUUAACGCUACUGAGAUGCACCAAACAGGGCACAGACUGAAGCUGAAUGUGCAGACUCCCCACGACAGCUUCCAAGGCUGCAAACUAAUCGACACCUUUCACGAUCUGAUAGAAAAAUGCCUGUCGAAGCACAGUAUCUACGAUGAGAGGUUGAGCCUCGUGCCCCCCGGCCUGAGAAGGACUCAGGUGGGCUCGACGAUGGCCCUCGCGUGGCAGGGGACGUUCUACCCCCUCCUGCUAGUGAACGUGGACUUCGUGCCUGUCGUGCUCGCUCCCUGGCACCCGCGCAUCAGGAGGCCCUACCUCACGACCGACGACCACCACAUCUACCUCAGCAACACCUCCGACGGGGAAUGGAGGCUAAGCUUCUGCGAGGCCGAGGUCGCGGUGCUCAGCGACUUGGAGGAAGAGGAACGUCUCGUGUACCUCGCGUGCAAGACCCUCCUGUCCCGCAUGAAGGCCGAGCCGUGGAUGCCCUACAACGUCAAGAGGCGCUACACCUGGUGGGUCUUCAGGACGUGGCACAUCCCGCUCGCCACGGGAUUCGCCUUCAAGAACUCCUUCCUAAGACAGCUGGAAAUCAAGAGGAAAGACGACGUGCGAUGGGCGCCGACGGAGCUUGUUCGCUGGAUGCUGGGCGUCUUCGAAGGCAUGUGCUCCGCCGUUGAAGGGAGGGAAGAGCCCCUCGUCUCCGCCCAGGUGAGGGGCUACUUCGGGGGGGACUUCGAGAAACCAAAGAUGGGAGAGGGCGCUCCGGAAAUCGUGCGGUUCCUUCAGGCAUGCGCCUAUGGUGACUCUGCCGUCUCGGAAAACCCAUCUGAGUGAUUUGUAUCAUUUACAAUAUCCAAUCUUAUCAAAAACGUCUGUGAAAAUAAAUUUAUAUUGUAAAAA